UAAAAAAAAAAAAGAAAUCUGAAAGAAAUUCUCCCGAAAUGUCCUUUUUUAAAUGUCGCGUUUUAAACAUUUCUCGAUUAAAUCGAUUAAAUAAAAUUUUCUUAAAUAGUUCAAUGAUAGUUAGACAUAAUUUUUUGGUUCGAAAUAAUUUUAAUACACGUUUAAAUAUUCGCACAUAUAUUUCACUAAAAUCCAUAUUUUCUCGUCAAAAUUCUACGCUUAAACCAAUAUCAAUUACAAAACCAAUCCUUUCCCAGGAUAAUCUUUUCCAUUCCUUAUCAGAAUCUCCAUUUGAAGAUCUUCGACAUCGUUAUAAACAAAUAUGCGUAUACGGUUCUUGUCCGGUAUGUUUAUCUCAAGAUAAUGAAGUAAAAAAUAAACCAAAAUAUGAAUGUCCAGAUUGUGGAUAUCCAACACAUUGUUCGUUAGAACAUUAUCUUCAAGAUAAAGAACAACAUAAAAAUUCAGGAACUUGUUCAAUGUUAAGACAAGCUAAUGAAGAUGAACAUGAUUUAAGAAGUGGUAGAACAAUGAUUGAAUUCGACUUUCCAUCAUCACAACCACUUGAUGAACAAGUUAAUAUGUUAAAUUGGGAUUUAUUUUUUUAUACACGUGGAUUUCCUAGUAUGGAUAAUGAUAGAUCUGUUAGACAUGUGUCAAAAUUAUUAACAUAUCCUAUUACGAUAGCAUCAAUAUUACAUGAAUAUGGUCCUUAUAAUAUUAAAAAUCGGUUAACCGAUGAAGGUUUAAAAUCUUUAACUGCUUUAAGAACUAUAAUAUAUCCCAAGAUUAUUUCUCAUGAUAUUAAAACCCAAAAACCAACUGAAAUUAUUCGAAUUUUUGUGUUGGGAGCACGAGCGGAAUCUCUAUUACCUCUUCAUAUUUAUUCUCAAUUAUCCUACUUAUUCCCUUUCACUUAUUUUCAUAUUUAUUUCAUUGGACCCGAAUCAAUACCCGGUAACAAUAAAAAAUUCCCCACGCAUUCAAAUUAUACACCACAACUUUCAUUUACAUGGACAACAUCAUUUUAUCAUGAUUAUCACGAUUCAUUAACACCAUUUGAUCCAUAUACAGAUGUAUUCUUUCUCUUUUCUCCAGGAAUUUCACAAACAAACACAUGGCAUGACACAAUAAUUAAAUUAUUACAAACCAAAUGUGCUAUAUUUAUUACCGGAUUUGAUCAAGAAGAUUUACAUAGUGAAGUAAGUGCUAUAGAAGAAAAAGGUGAAAAGGGUGAAUAUGAAUUGGAUUGGCUAUUAAGACCUGAAGAAUAAUAAAGCUAACCUAUUUAUUUAUUCAUUAAUAAAAAUAUUUAUAACCAAUAAAUUAAUAUGCACAUAUUUAGCGACGGCGUGUGUA